CUUAAUAACAAUAUUAACACCACAAAUAAGAAAACAAAGAAACCUCUUUUUUCUCUAAUCCAAAUGAAAGAAACUAAAAAAGGGUUCUAAAGUACCUGAAAUUGUUUCACAUGAAUGAUCUUCAAUCCAAUCCUUGGAGGUAAAAUCGCAGCUGUGGCCAUCAAAAGAUCCCUGUUUCAGAUUUUUGUAAUUUUAUACAAAAGAACAAUAAUGGAGAUUUUCAAAAAGGCUGAAACCGUGCGUUUACGUAGCUACCACGACAAGUAUCUUCUAGCAGAGGAGGAUGAAGAAUCCGUGAGCCAGGACAGAGACGGGCGGUCUAUGAACGCAAGAUGGACGGUGGAGGUUGUAGAAAAGGCGGAUGUGAUUCGUCUCAAGAGCUGCUUUGGCAAGUACCUAACCGCUUCAAACAUCCCAAUGUUCCUUGGGAUGACUGGCAAGAGGGUGACACAAACGCUGCCACGGAGGCUAGACUCAUCAACUGAAUGGGAACCCGUUAGAGAAGGUGUUCAGGUUAGGCUCAAGACAAGGUAUGGACAGUAUCUCCGAGCUAAUGGGGGUUUACCGCCAUGGAGGAAUUCGAUUACCCAUGAUAUACCUCAUAGGUCAACCACACAGGAUUGGGUUUUAUGGGAUAUUGACAUUCUGGAAAGCAGAAAGAAGAAAGCACCCCCAGUGGCUGAACCGGCUUAUACGCCUCUCCCCCCUCCUCCACCACCACCAGAGCUUCUGCAAGUAAGAAAAGAUGAUCAUCAAGAGCCCAAUUCACCCAAAGGAUUCUCUCUCAGGUCCCCAAGGUUUUCCAAAUCCGAGUCUGAUGACACUGUCAGCUCACCAGUCAAGGCAGAUGGCAGACUAAUUUAUUAUCGGAUUGGGGACGAAGAUGGGAACGUGGAUGAAACAGCAAAGGAAGAGCUUUUCUGCUUCAAGGGAAUGGGACUAGAAGAGCUGAAAGAGAAGCUUAUAGAAGAGACAGGUCUGAGUGAUAUAUCAAUCUGUUCCAAAAACCCUUUAAACGGAAAAUUAUAUCCCCUUCGGUUACAUCUUCCUCCCAACAACACAAAGAUGCAUGUCGUAUUGAUCCCUUCGCCUUCAAAAGGGGAUGCUGCAAGCACUUCUUGAAGUAUGGUUCAAAAUUACAGAGACUCUGUUUAUCCAAGACCACAAACUUAUAGUUUCUGUAUUGUGUAAUUUGGUAACACGUUGUAGAUCGACAAAAUCUUGUUACGUGUGUACACCUACAUGAUGCUAAGAGAAUAUGUGAAACGCUACCUACGCAACUAAAACCCAAUACUAACCAAACAUUAAAGAAGAUAUUGUGUAGGGAUUUCGUAAGACUUCCCAUCAAGUUCUUGUCAAUAAGCUUCUUUCAUUCUUAGUGAGAUGCUAAUGAGAGCAAAUUAUAUGAGUGAAUUCUUUUAAAUAAGAUCCGAAAUGUUUAAAUUUUUACAUGUCA